AGCAAAGCCAACGACGACGACGAAGAAGAGGAAGGGCAAAAGAAUUCCGAUCUGCUUCCCGUUCGAACUGUCACUGCGCGUCCGUUUUUGGCCACAAUUAGCCGCAAAUCCGGCGAGUCCGCGUUCCGGUGACGAUCGUCGAGCAUCCCCCGGCGGUGGGAAGUGAAAGGAACGAGCCAGGUGGCGAUUUGGGCCGGAAAAGCGCAAUUAUCUGAGGCGCAUUUUGCGGGGGCUGUUUUGGCGGCCGCGGAGGAGGAUUGUUGUUUUGGUGGCCGCGGAAUUCUUGUGUCCCGGCGCGCGGGUUGAGUGUGGUCCGCACGCGGUUCCCGCUGUUUUGAAUGACCAGUUGCAUCGGCGGACGGUACGAUGACUCCCUGAGUGGAAUGCAUUGCGACUUUUUACCUCCGUAUCAGCAGCAGCAGCACCACCACCACCACCACCAGCAGAAUCAGCACCAGCAGCCCCAGUUGCAUCCGGGCGGAGGCGGAGGAGGAAUGCCGAAAAAGUCGGAACCAGGGGAGAUAAGUGGCCCGCGUAGCAAGAAGAUGAAUAAGCUGCAGCAGCAACAGCAACAACAGCAGCAGCAGCCGCAGGGGAUGGGUCCCGGCGGGGAUGCCGAUUUGAUGAGUAGUUUUGGCCUCAAGGAGGAUGGUUCGCCGCUGAUGAAGGGUGGAGGUCCGCCGGGAAAUGGUCCCGGGAUAAAGCACGAACAGGACGCUUGCAGUAUGAACAGCAACGUUCCGAUCAGCGGACCGGGGAUCGAUACGAUGUCGAAGGGAGGAAUGCCGGAUGGACAUCCGGGAGACAUGGGAGGUGGUGGUGUCAAGAUGGGGCAGGGCCUGCCGGGCAUGAUGUCGAGUAAACCGUCGAACAAGCUGGAGUACACGCAGCAGCAGAGUCAGAUUUUUGUGUUCAGCACGGCGCUGGCCAAUCAGGGUGCGGAAGCGGUCAUGAGUGGCCGGUACGCGUCCAUCAUCGCAUAUCACUGCGCGCACAUGCAGAAGCAGAGCCGGCUGGGUUGUGGACCGAUGGACGAUGGUGGAGUUGGAGGAGGAGGAGGCGGUGGCGGCGGUGGUGGACCGAUGCCAGCGUGGAUGGAACCACACGGUCAUGGUUCGCCGGAUCCACACCACAUGCGAAUGGGACCGGGGGGAGGAGGACCACCCGUUGACGGGGUGAAAAAGUCCGCCACCAUCCAUCACACGCCCAAUCCGUGUCUGGAGAACGACAACUCUGUGCCAAUGUUCGGGAAUGAUCAUCACGGAAUGCGCGGAAUGGGACCGGACGGAGGUGGACCAAUGGGCAAGAAACCAGCUACGAUUCACCACACGCCGAACCCGUGCAUGGACCAGGACGGAUCGCUGCCAAUGUAUCCAAACGACGGAGGCCAUCCGCCGCCACAUCCGCACAUGCGAAUGGGUGGCCCUGGUGGACCUCCGGACGGCAUGUCCAAACCAUCGACGAUACACCACACGCCCAACUCCUGCAUGGACGGAGGCCCUGGCCCCGGAGGUGGCCCCGACUCUGGAGAGCACCCCGGUGGAAUUCAUCCGCCGAUCAAAAUGGAAAACCCUUCCCCAGGAGGUCCUGGCCCAGGUCCCGGGAACGGUGGGGGUGGUGGUGGCGGCGGUGGCGGUCACUCCAGCUCAACCAUUAUCGACCAGAUGAACUCGCUCGUGGCGUCUCUUCCGCUCAUGAAGGGUGGUAACGUGCUGUCGCAAUCUCGAGCCCACCCGCAACCCUCACUUCAGGGCGUCAAAGUACCGGACGAAAAUCUGACGCCCCAACAGCGGCAGCACCGCGAACAGCAGCUGGCCACCAUCCGGCAGAUGCAGAAAAUGUUCUUCCCCGAGCAGCGCAUGAUGGAUCCGCACGGGAUGGGCAUGCGGCCGCAGUUCCGAGGCGGAAUGCCCGGCCCAGACUUUGGCGGACCGCCGAAUCGACCCCUCAAUCCGGCCUUCAUGAACACCCCACUCGGUGCCAACGGACCAAUGAUGCCGGACGGAGGGCCCGGCCCAGGUAUGAUCAACGAACAGAUUCCGCCAAUGCAAUACAACAAACCCGGCGGCGGCGGCCAAGGCAUGAUGAACCCCGGAAUGUACAUGGGUGGCCCCGGCGGAGGUGGCCCGAUGGGCCCAAUGGGCGGCCCCAUGAAUCGCAUGUACAAACCCGACCCCGAUCCGAUCUUCCCACCCAUGAACGACAUGGGAGGCGGCGGCUACAACAACAUGGGCAACCACGGCGUCGGUCCGGGCAUGUUCAACCCCGGCAUGCAGCAGCAGCAGCGAAUGGGCCCCGGAAACAUGAUGCCCAAAAUGCCCGACCAACAGGGCGGCGGCAUUCCCCACCCGCACUCCCCCCUCGUCGACCCCGACGAUCCGCUCAAGUCCGGCCCCGGCGGAAUGAUGCUUCCAAACGCCGGUCCACCCCAGCAGCAACUCCAACAACCUGGCACCCCCGGAUCGAACGGCCCCGGCAGUAACGGGACGCCCAACCCCAACGGCACGAAACCCAAGGAACAGUCCGUAUCGCCCGAGCACCACCAACAGCAGCAGCAGCAGCAGCAGCAGGGCGGACCGGGCAGCCAGCAGGGACCAUUGACGCCGCUUACGCCCCAGGGUGGACCGCUCACGCCCCAGACGUCGAUGGCCAACACUUAAGCGCGGGAAGGUAAGUCAAGUCGCGGUAAAAUGGAAUCAUCAUUUUCAAAUCUGCCUUAUGACAACAACACACACACACACAUACAAACACACAUACAGACACACACGUAAACAAAAAAGAGAAAAGUUUUAAAAAAAGUAAAACCGGUACGACGAAAUUGAAAAGUAAUAGAACAAACGCGAAUGGAUUCGCGUGCAGCGGAGAGAAGAAAAAAAAAAACAGUUAAAUAAAUGAAGCAAACAAAAAAAAUCUAUAAAUAGUUAAGUGACAAUGUGGUUAGGUAAAAUCAAACACACAGCAAGCAAAAUGUUGAGAGAGCAAUUGUGUAUGUGUAAGCUUACAUGAAAAUUUUAUUUGAAACGUA